AUGCACUGCUUGGAGAAAUUCCAUACCCUUCUUUGGAUCACGGGGUCAUAUGAGGUUGAUAAUAUUGAGAAAUCUGUUUUCAUCCAUGGCAGGGCAGCUAUCUUUGAAGAAGUGUACAAGCUUAUGUUGCGGUUAAAUUUGGAGGCUGACUUCUCUGAGUUCUCGCGUUUCUAUGAUUUUGUCUUCUUCAUUUGCAGAGAAAAUGGACAAAAGAACAUCACUAUAAGCAAAGCUGUUACUGCCUGGAAAUUAGUUUUAGCUGGAAGGUUUCGGCUACUUGACCACUGGUGUAACUUUGUUGAGGUAAGUGUCAGUGCUGCUAAUGGAUCUCAUAUCAUGUGUUCGGUUGCAUUGUUCAUCUGUUUGUAUGCCUUAAAUUAUUAAAAAUUCAUCAAUUAC